CUUCUGAUCUUUCACUCCUAAAUGCUCCCUCCUUUCUUUUCCUACCCCUUGAGACGUCUACAGAAAAAGACGGUGAUUGGUUUGGCAGAUUCUAGUGGUAGUGUAUAGUAGCAACCAUCAGCUUCCCUCCUCUUCCUGCAACUUGCACUCAUUUAAGGGGUUGAGCUGAGCGGUGAAGGGGUUUGGUGGUUCCAGAUUGAAGCCGGCCAUGAGUGGAGAUGACGAUGGUAAGGAUGGGCACGAGCAUGAUCUCGUCAUGCCCGGAUUCCGCUUCCAUCCCACCGAGGAGGAGCUGUUCGAGUUCUACCUCCGGCGUAAGGUCGAGGGGAAGCGGUUCAACGUGGAGCUCAUACCAUUCCUCGAUCUGUACCGCUACGACCCAUGGGAGCUUCCUGCGUUAGCUGCAAUCGGCGAGAAGGAAUGGUUCUUCUACGUUCCACGAGAUCGCAAGUACCGAAACGGAGAUCGGCCGAACCGGGUGACCAGAUCAGGAUACUGGAAGGCAACCGGUGCGGAUCGGAUAAUCCGAGGCGAGAACCACCGUGGCUCCAUCGGAUUGAAGAAGACGCUUGUGUUCUACUCCGGGAAGGCUCCCAAGGGCAUCAGAACAAGCUGGAUCAUGAACGAGUACCGGCUGCCGCAUGGCGAGACAGUGCAGUGCCUGAGAACUGAGAUUUCGCUGUGCCGCGUCUACAAGAGAACUGGUGUAGUAGAUCACCUCCAGCUCCCCGGACCACUGGCAUCUCGGCCGUCAUCCUCUCGAGGGAUGGCAAAGCUCUCCUGCCCUCGCCGGCAACUCCCGGGAGUUGAUCCUUCACUGACGCUGGUCAUGGAGAAGGUGCCGAUGCUGCAGGGUGCAACUCCAACCAACUUGUCCUCUCCCAUACUAUCUACCGUAUCCACUGCAUCCAUGGAAGAAGACAGUGCUCCACUUCACCAUUCCAAGAACUCCCUCCUUUCCUCCACAAACUACUCCAUGACCACUCCUGAGAUCGAGGAGCUCAACAGGUUUGUGAGUUACGACCACAGCUUCAUGAGCCCGCCAAAUAUUCUAUCAGUCACGGUGCCUCCACAGCCCCAGUUGGCUCCCCUCAACCAGCACACCAUGUCUUUGUCCAUGAUCUCGGAUAAGCUGUGGGAAUGGUGGAAUCCUCUUCCCGAGAUUGGUAAGGAUUAUUCUGGCUUUAAGUGAUUGCUUGCAGGUAUAUAUAUAUAUAUAUGUGUGUGUACGUAAAAUUGUAGAAACACUAUGCAUGGUAUGGGUGAAAACUGGCUGUAGAUUUGAGUGUGUACGUAAAAGUAUCGACGUGCUUAUUGUUUUA